AUGGUGCUGCUAGAGAGCGAGCAGUUCCUGAUGGAGCUGACCAGGCUCUUCCAGAAGUGCCGGUCAUCAGGGAGCAUGUUCAUCACCCCAAAGAAAUAUGAUGGUCGGACUAAACCCAUUUCACGGAAAGGGUCUGUGGAAGGCUUUGAGCCUUCAGACAAUAAGUGUUUGCUAAGAACUACUGACGGGAAAAAGAAGAUCAGCACUGUGGUGAGCUCGAAAGAAAUGAAUAAAUUCCAGAUGGCCUAUUCUAACUUGCUGAGGGCAAACACGGAUGGGCUAAAGAAGAGAGACAAGAAGAGCCAAUACAAGAAGAGCAAUGCGACACAGUGA